AUGAAAUAUAGCACAGAAUCUGCCCAGAAGGCUCAAAAGAAGAAGUUUACAGGAGGGAAGUCCUCCGAAGAGGAUAAGAAAAGAAGAAAAGAAAGCGAGUCAGUUGUAAAGGAAAUAGAAGAAACCGCGGUUCAAAUAACUCCCGAGGAUUUGCUGCCACAGCAAGAUGCGCCUCUUGGGGAUGCAUCAAGCAGAGUUGCCAUAAUGAAUGUGGACUGGGACUCAAUCGGUGUCCACGAGGUAUAUAAGGUGGUUAAUGCAUUUGUGCCAAAAGGUCAAAUAAAGAAAAUUGCACUCUACAAGACAAAGCUGGGGUGUAGAGAAAUGGCAGUUGAGGGGCAUGACGAGCAGGCGAUUAUGAACUUAGAUAUGAAUGAGGAGACCAAAGAGAUGGAAAUAAGAGAAUAUUUAAAAAAGAAAAUGAAGUACUUCUAUGCUGUUGUGGAGGUAGAAAACUCUGAUGUAGGAAAAGAGCUGUAUAUGGCAAUUGAUGGGCAAGAGAUAGAAAACACUUAUAAUUUCAUUGAUGCCCGUUUUAUUCCAGAUGAUUAUGUUAUAGACGAUAAGCUAGUUGAGGAAAUAACAAGUUCAACAGAAAAAAUUGCAAGAAUACCGAUUAAUCCUCUUUAUAGCACUAAGCCACAGCUGCGGUGGGACGAAGACCCGGUGCGCGACCGAUACUUGAAAGACUUAUUCGUAAAUGAUAUUGAUCUUGACGUAGCAGACAACUUAAUAGAUGCAUCAGAUGAUGAGGAGAAGCAGAGCUACUAUAAGAAGGCCAUGCAAAUACAACUGCCCAGCAAAGAAGAGAAGUCUACAGAAGAGCAGAUAGAAGAGCCCAAGAAGACUAAAAAGAGUGUUGUAUCUGUUGAAAACGAUGAUAUUUUAAUUGAAAGCAGCACUGAAGAAGAGGCAGAAGAAAGCAGUGAAGCUGUUUUACUGGGAGAAGACACCCGAUUUGCAAAGGAAAACAACGCAGACUUUAAUAUAGAUGUAACACAUCCAGCAUACAUAGCCAAGCAAAAAAAGAGAAAAGACAAGAAAUAGUCAAUAUAUAGAGCAUAGAAACACCAUGAAGUAUAUUUAUCUAUUAUAGAAAUAAUUCACAGCGAAUAAGAAAUAAACAGAAC